AUGAAGCAGAACAUUCGACUGAUUUUUUCCGGAUCUUUACUGCUGCUGGCACUCAUGGGAGUUAUUGUCGCUUCGGCUGCAUAUUCAACACCAUGGGGACUCUUUGUUCUUAUUCCGUACGUAUUGGUGCCCAUGACAGCGGCUAUUUUCUACUCGCUGGCUGGAAGCGACGAUCAUAGUGUCUGGACUAGUUUUGGAUGCUUCUUCGAGGCGCUUCUGUGGAUUGCAACACUCGCCAUUCCCUCUAUUUUGCAUCGAGUCGAUGCGAUCAACGGUUCUCAGUUGGGCUGGCUUCUGGUGUCUGACGUAUUAGUAUUUGCGUCUUUCAUGAGUAUGGUAUUUACCGGCGCAGAUUAA